UCCCCCAGUUGCCGCGCGACAUGCUACGGACUUGUUAAAGGAGCCCGCCACGUGCCAGCGAGAGUGUAAGCACAUACGCAUAGAAUACACACAUAGUAGCACGGCCAAAACAGCACACACGCAGCCACAGACUGAAAGGAAUAGCCAUGGGUCGCACACAACGCCUUCGUCGACGCCAGGCCAGCGAAUCGCCAACUGUUGACGCGCACAAACAGAACAGCCUGCAGGCUCUCUACGUCCAGCUGCAUGCCCAGGGCUGGCAGAACUCUACGCAGCUAUCAGCGCACUCCUAUGUACAGACUGGGCGCGGACUGUGCUCAAAGCGUCGGUCGUUCGUGGCUGGGGAUGAGCUGAUCCGCCUGCCCGUUGAGUGUCUCAUAAGCAUAGCUACCCUGGAGGCAGACCAGGCGUUCAAAGGCCUCUUCAAUAAGGAUCUAUUCGACAAGGACGCACGCAUUUCGUUUCAGGCCCUGAUCGCCUGCUACUUGAUGCACCAGAAGCACUUGCACGAUUGUUCACAAAGCUCUCAUAUUGGUGUUUACCUGGAUACUCUGCCUAGAAGCUACACCACGCCUUAUUUCUGCACCAUACCCGAGCUGCAGUGUCUACCGGAGUCAGUGCUCGAGCGCACCGUGGCCCAGAACCGACAGAUACGCGACUACUACGAAAUUCUCAAGACCCUGGUGGGAUCGCAGUAUUGUGAGGGCUGCGGCCAGAGGUACUGCCAAGAAAUAUGGACUCUGUCGGAGUAUCGAGUGGCCUACUUCGCCGUAAACACUCGUAGCGUCUACCUCAAUGCCCGUCUGCUGAAACUGCAGUCAAGCAAGAGCCACUUCCAGCCUCUCCUGAGCGGGAAUACAAAACUAGCACUGGCUCCGUUCCUGGACCUGUUCAACCAUUCGGACGCUGUUCAAACAACUGCCGAGAUCCAGGGACAGGACUAUGUUGUGACACUGAAUGGCCUGCCCAUACCUGAGGUCAAGCCUUACGACCAGUUGUACAUCAGCUAUGGAGCGCUUACCAAUUUCAAGCUGCUGACAGAGUACGGCUUUUGGCUGAAGGGGAAUGCCCAUGACUACUUUGAAGUGUCAUUGCUGGACAUUGAGCACAUGAUCAAGCUCAAUAAAACGCUGGCCACGCAGACCUACCAUCGCAACAUCUUUAAGUUUAUCAGGGAGCACAAUUUGUGCGAUCAGAUGUUUGUUCACCUCGACGACGGAUGCUCGCACAACCUCCGAGUGGUCCUUCAUCUGAUCUUCAAGCAGCAGGCCUACUUUCCCAAUUUGCUCAAUCAGAUCGCUUUUGGCGAUGUCGAUCAGUUUGACAAUGUGCAGCCAGAGCUGGCAUAUUUGGUGGUCCACAAGAUCAGAGAGUAUCAGAUAUUUGCGGGGGAGUUGGACAAGCUUCCGCAGCUAACAGAGAGCGGUGCAGUAGCCCGGUCCUAUCUGAUGGAGUGCGUCCGAUAUCUGAACGACUUUGAGGCGGCGCAUUGCGCAUCUGUAUCUGAUUUCCACAACGAAGAGUAGCCUAUCUUAAGAAUCGAAUAAACUGUACUCGUCGCUGGCCAGUGCUGACGAUAAUGCCAAGCGGAAAAAGAUCACACCCUUUACCCCCAC